UCACACGACCAAUCGUGAGCACCGCUGUUGCUUACCUAGUUCUUUGGUGUGGUGAGGCAUAUUACUGUGUGUAGCUAUCAACUUCCAAUUAGUCCUGUCAGCGACGUGGUGCAAGUACGACGAGUCCGUCAUCUUGUAAUAGUUAAUAUUCCUGAUAUCUUGAAAUCUUCAGCUGUACUACCACAAUGUCGAAGAUAAAGGCAGGACCCGUCGUCGACAUCUUGGGAGAUGAGAUGACCAGAAUCAUCUGGGAUCUCAUUAAAGAUAAGUUGAUUUUGCCCUUCUUAGACAUCGAACUGCACACCUAUGAUUUGGGUAUGGAAUACCGUGAUAAGACUGACGACCAGGUCACCAUUGAUUGUGCUAACGCCAUAAAAAAAUACAAUGUCGGUAUUAAGUGCGCCACCAUCACCCCCGAUGAGAAAAGAGUUGAAGAAUUCAAGUUGAAAAAGAUGUGGAAGAGUCCCAAUGGUACCAUCCGUAACAUUCUUGGCGGCACUGUCUUCAGAGAGGCAAUCAUUUGCAAGAACAUUCCGCGUCUUGUAACUGGCUGGGAAAAGCCUAUCAUCAUUGGUCGUCAUGCCCAUGCUGACCAAUACAAAGCUACAGACUUCGUCGUACCAGGAGAAGGUAAAUUGGAACUUAUCUGGACACCUCCUUCUGGACAACCCAUUAAGCAUGUAGUAAACGAAUUCAAAGGUGCUGGUGUUGCCUUAGGAAUGUUCAACACUGACGCGUCCAUUGUAGAUUUCGCUCAUUCAUCAUUCAAAUAUGCUUUAGAUAGAGCAUACCCUCUUUACUUGAGCACCAAGAACACCAUUCUCAAGAAAUACGACGGCAGAUUCAAGGACAUCUUCCAGGAAAUUUACGAAAAGGAGUACAAGGCGCAGUUCGAAGCUAAGGGUAUUUGGUACGAGCACAGACUGAUUGACGACAUGGUUGCCUAUGCUAUGAAGUCCGAGGGUGGCUUUGUUUGGGCUUGCAAGAACUACGAUGGUGAUGUACAGUCUGAUUCAGUCGCCCAGGGCUAUGGAUCUCUCGGUCUUAUGACAUCUGUGCUUAUUUGCCCUGAUGGAAAGACAGUGGAGGCUGAGGCAGCUCACGGUACCGUCACAAGGCACUACCGUUUCUACCAGCAAGGAAAGGAGACAUCCACCAACCCUAUUGCUUCCAUCUUUGCAUGGACCAGAGGCCUCCUGCACCGCGCGAAGUUAGACAACAACGACGCACUCAAGAACUUCGCAGAAACUCUGGAGAAGGUCUGCGUUGACACUAUUGAAUCUGGAGUAAUGACAAAGGAUCUCGCUAUUUGCAUUAAGGGAAUGAACAAUGUCAAGAGGGCAGAUUACUACGAAACAUUCGAAUUUAUGGACAAACUGGCUGAAAACUUGAAGAAGAGUCUCGGCAAAUGAUUGCCUGAACAUAAAUUCAAGAGUAAUCUUUGAUAACUUUAUUAUUUAUUUUUGUCACAAAAAAUUUAAAAAUUUUGAACUAUUUUUCGUUACUGGGAUUUUAAGGUUUACAGUGUAUUUUACGCAUUUAUUUGUAUUUAAAGUUUAUUAAAGUCUUUGUAUAGAA